AUGCGGUGCGCGAACAAGGCCGCUGAGAGCGCGUCUGCACGUCUCUGUGUAGACGCCGAAGCAGAAAGCGCUGCAACCGAUGUGUCAUCGGUUUCUGAAGCGACGCAGCCUGUAUCACCUUGUGAUGCAUACGCUUGUCAUGAAGACACUCGUGUCUUCAUAGAGUAUGAUCUCGGUGUCUCAUACUCUCCUGAUACGGAUGACGGAUCCGUAUCGACGGCGAUUGAAUCUAAGCCGCCUGCCAAGCGUGGCAUGGACGAUGCUUUGCGUCGCAGCAUCUUCGGUUCGUCUGACGAAUCAGACGAACCAUCGCCGGAGCGUAGGCGCUAG